GUGGGAAACCAUAUUGGAGCCAUCACAAACAUCUGAGAUUGAAGUGAAAUACCCAAUACAUUCAUGGAAUGUGAAAAUGGUUCUCCUUACUAUGACCCCGAAUAUAGUUGAAGCAUUACAAAUCCUCCAUACAUUUGAAAAUGCUCAUUCUCAUGAUGAGCCGGCACAGCUGCCUGGUGAACAGCAAGCGGAGAGAGGAAUCAAAGAAGACAACAAGAUGGAUGCAGAUGUCGCUGAGGAAGAUGGCCGGACUAACUUGGCAGUCCAGCAGGAUGUGCCCACAGCGAGUUUGGAAGUCGCAAAGCUGGUAGAAAAUGCAAAGGUAUCGCAGGAACCGGUGUUAGCAGAUCCUAAGGAUGGUAAUCCUAUAUCUCAUGGUCAAAUCAUUGAUCUAUCUCGAAAUUUAAGGAAACACAAUCUUUCACCGCUCACUUUAGAGCUCUUGCUUCGAGGGUCUCAUGUCUAUGUUUCACCUCCUGUACCAAAGACGGAGCCUACUUCGGAAUACAAAGCUCUAAUGGCAAGACUUCGACGCGAAGAAGAAGCUCGAGCAUAUGAACGAAUGACAAAUCCACCACCUCCCAUGGAGACGUUUGCACAAAGGUUCCCGUCUACAUCUGCCGCCCAUGCUUUCACUGCGAACUUUCCAGAAGCAGGAAACACCGAGGAUGACGACGUUACAUAUGCGGACAUCGAUCGACAAAUUGCUGUUAUAUUUAAUGUCAUAGUAUCUAUUAUUGCUUGUGCAUUUGGACUAUGGAUGGCUGCAAGAUGGUGGAGCACACCUGCCCGAUUAGCUUUGAGUAUGAGUGGUAGUCUCCUUGUUGGCAUUGCCGAGGUGGUAGUUUACAUGGGCUACAUCAGACGGGUUGGAGAAGCCAAAGGGCAAGCGAAGAAGCUGCAGGAGGUCAAGAAGGUGAUGAAGACAUGGGUAGUUGGUGGCGAUGCAAUGGAUGAACAAAUAGAGCCUGUGGCAAUUGGCGAAAAAGAUGUCAUUGAAGAUGCAAAGCCACGCCGAAGAAAGAACAUUUGAUACAAUCUCAGGAAGCUCUGUUUUAAAAUUCUUAAGAGGUGUGUCCUAUUUUGACCUUUUAAUUAUUAAAUUCAGACGAUGGUAAUGGUUCUGGAACAACAAUGGGAGUUUCGCCACUUACGGCAGGUCAAAAUCUGUUACGAGUUUUAAAUUAGAUAUACAACAGUCUACCAUGACUACUCCAAUAAUUGUAGAGGAGUGAAAGGAAUGCUUCAUCGCAUCCCACGAUAAAUUGGCGCUAAAGUUAGGAGAGAUCGGCGAGACAUGAACUUUGACCAUCAUGAGGAUAUAUAUUUAGUUGAUAAUAUCCCUAGAAAGUUCUUAGAACAUUCAGUCACAUUCCUUCGAGUCAAGAACAAUACACUUCUGUUUGCAUCGCGAAUCAAAAGACUUCGUUUCGAAUCCACCCAACAUCUAUUUUUAGAUACGGGAUAAUCCCAUUCCAACAAAUAUAUCAAGCACACUGCAUGACCCUCAAACGUCCUUUUCCAUUCAACUCUCCAUCCAUAUCGAGUUCAUAAUUCAUCCCGGCAAUUAAUUCAGAAUUCCUAACUACCAAAUUCCUGCAAUCUACUCGAUCUCACCGCAGCUUCUGAGAAGUGCAAGAUCAGUUCUUUCUAGCCACAAUCAGUCACGCCCUCAAUUACUUUUCGAAAGGAUCACGAAUCCUUAUUAAUAUCUGCAUUGUCAAUAUUAUGGAUCCUCUUACUGAAUAUGAACAACAAUUGCAAUCCUUGGAGCAUGAGAACAAGCAGCGACAAACCCGCGCACGAAAGGCUAAGACACCUCAGAAUGGCUCCUUUAUGUGUGAUUCUGCGGAAUCUCCGUGUCUUCUGGACGUUCAAUUAGAAAUGCUACGUAGGAGCAUGACUUCUGACUCGCAUGGGGGAAAGACAGACUCAACGACAUCGAGGUGAUGUUGCUGCGCUCUUCAAUGCAGUUGUUUCUUUACCGGGCUGGGAUAUUCAUGGGGUUAAUGGCGGGAAUAGAUUUGGUAUGGGUCAAUAAGGAUUAGACGGAACUUGGUACGGUGGUUUGGAUUCGAAAACAGAGGAUACAGGCAAAUUUCUCACUUCUGAUAUGUGCUGGCACAUACAACGCCCAAUGUUUAAUAGAAAGAAUAGGGCAUGGACUCGGGAUAAUUUAAUACUCCCGAUGUUGCUAGCCGUGUGGGAUCGUACGUUUGAGAGAUUUCAAGGCGUUUUUGCGCCUUGCUCUGUUGUAUUAAAUGUUGGAGAAACGUACACACGAUUAAUAGACUUCAUAAUGCAUUAGAUCUCACA